CAUUGAGGACUUGACAGAAGUCAAGUUCAAGUUGUGAGCGGUCGCUCAUAAAAACAGCCGGACACAAACACUUGAUGUUGUUUACGUCUCUGAUGACGCAGCAGCUUCAUCUCCGCCGGUAAACAUCCGUUAAAAGCCCCGCACAGCUCCAGCGUUGGCUUCCUCCGAGCGGCAGCAGCAGCUUCAGCCCCGACAGAGCGCCUCUCCGCGGGGUUCAGGAGCGGACACCAGCUCGGUCCCUCUGCAGGAACAGCUCCAGGCGCAGCCGAGCUCCGCUCCCGCCGCCUCCUCUUCGUCCUCUUUAUCCGCCUCCUCCUCCAGAGACAUGGCAGCGACUAAAGCGUUGCUGUCCACGCUGCAGCUCUCGGAGCCGCUGACCGGCUUCCCGUCGCCGCUCUCCCCGCUGGACGGAUACUCGAAGCUGGAGGAGCUGCAAAUGUUGCUGCAGACCGCCGCGGCCGGAGGCUCGCUGCUGACCGCCUCUGGGACCGAGGGAGCCGGGCAGUUGAGCGGAGAGCCCGGAGAGUAUGGAGAUUCCCUCUCGGACCUCCCAGACCUGCAGAGUCUCCUCCCUCUGACGCCCCGCCUCCCCCCGCUGGCGUACAGCGGCCGUUUCACCUUCGAGCCAUCUGUGUCGACCUGCGGCGGUGGUGUCAGCGCCAGCAACAAUCUGUGGGCGGAGUCUCUCCUAAGCCUGUUGGUUGGUGUAGCAGCUCCGCCCCCUGCGGCCUCCAGCCUCCCUGUCUCUUCAUCAUCAGUGACCUCUUCAGUGACCUCAUCAUCGCCGUCCCAGCCGAUGAUCAGCUCCGUCCAGGUUACCUGCGGCUCUGCUGACAUUGCCUCAGUCUUCUCAGCGAUGCCAACCUACACCUCCGCCACCGGAGUCGAGCCCCUCCUCCCCACUGUGGACUCCCAGCCGGCCCCUCUGGCCUUCCCGCCACAGGGCCAGCCUCCCGCCUACCCCGCCGCUGCCUCCUCCAGGCUCGGCCUCCAGGCAUCCCCGCUGGUGCCGAUGCUGCCGGACUACCUCUUACCGCAGCAGCCGGACGCUGAGCUGCACCAGCCACCACUCACACCACUCUCCACUAUCAAAGCCUUUUCCUCGCAGAUCCAGACUCAGCCUACAGGCCCCGCCUACCAGGCCCAGCUCACCAAGUCCGGCAAGCCCAGGAAGUCUCCUGCAGGCCGCCAGUGCAAGACGCCUCCACACGAGCGGCCGUACGCCUGCCCCGCCGAAGGCUGCGACCGCCGCUUCUCCCGCUCUGAUGAGCUGACACGCCACGUGCGCGUGCACACGGGCCAGAAGCCAUUCCAGUGCCGCAUCUGCAUGCGCAGCUUCAGCCGCAGCGACCACCUGACCACGCACAUCCGCACGCACACCGGCGAGAAGCCGUUUGCCUGCACCGAGUGUGGACGCAAGUUUGCCCGCAGCGAUGAGCGCAAGAGGCACGCCAAGAUCCACCAGAGGCAGCGAGACCGUAAAAAUGACAGGAGCUCCGCCUCCUCCACCACAGUCACCACACCCCCCACAUACUCCUCCCCUGCUCACAGCUCUUCACCGUGCUUCACCUCCUCUUCCUCCUCCUCGCUGUCACACAUUUACAGCUCCUCGCCGUCCCCCCAACUCUACUCCCCCUCCUGCUCCUCCCCGAUGGCGAGCCCUCAGGCAGAGCUCCCCUCUCCCCAUAGCUCCAACGUGUGCUGACCUUUGACCUCAGACUGACAAUGCUGGACUGCUGAGGCAUGUUUUGAUGUGCAGGGUUAAAGGUCGGCAGCUUCUCAGACACUUUGAUGAUGUAAAUGUGAAUCUUGUAGUUUGUACAUAUUGUUUACACAUGUUGGUGAGCACAUGUUCACAGGCUCCGCCUACUGAGUAGGCCUGUAAGUUUACAUUUUAUACUCCACCUGUUUCCUCUUAAAGAGCUUCAACAAUAAAAGUCUGAACCCUA